AGGUUGCCAGAGAGCAACACAGUGGGAACAGUGCUUACUUAUCUUGCACCUUGCAUGUAGCAAACCCAAGAUUCAUCCAUAGCACUCUAUAUGGUUCCCCAAGCACUGCCAGAUGUAAAUCCUGAGCACAGGUUUUAACGAAUUAAAAAAGGUAACAGGCAACUUGGUUUGAUUCAAGAGAGAAAAGCAGUGAUGCUUUCUGUAUUCUGUGGAAUGAAGCCCAGAAUGGUAAUUGAGGUCGAAGAAGUAGGCAAGGGACCGAUCCAGGCUGCUGGGUGGUCUCAGUGAUGGUGUGAGACCAGCAUCAUUCUGUUCGCCUCAUACAAGAUGUCUGGCUUGAGGAUCUAUCUUCUGUUGAGCUCCGCAGGAGGCCGAAGAGGUCCCAAUAGGACUUCCUACUGCCGAAGUACGCUGUGUGAGCCAGGAUCCUCGAGCUGCUCUGGUGGAGGCCACGCUUCCAGUGCUUCGGUCACCAGUGUCCGUUCCCGCACCAGGAGCAGUUCCGGAACAGGUCUCUCCAGCCCGCCGCUGGCAACCCAGACAGUUGUGCCCCUUCAGCACUGCAAGAUCCCCGAGCUGCCCGUGCAGGCCAGCACCCUUUUUGAAUUGCAGCUCUUCUUCUGCCAGCUCAUAGCCCUCUUCGUCCACUACAUCAACAUCUACAAGACAGUGUGGUGGUAUCCACCUUCACACCCGCCUUCCCACACCUCCCUGAAUUUCCACCUGAUUGACUUCAACUUGCUGAUGGUCACCACGCUCGUUCUGGGCCGCCGCUUCAUCGGAUCCAUUGUAAAGGCUUCCCAGCGGGAGAAGGUCUCCCUCUUUCGCUCCGUCCUGUUGUUCCUCACCCGUUUCACCGUACUCACGGCCGCAGGCUGGAGUCUGUGCCGCUCCCUCAUCCACCUCUUCAGGACCUACUCCUUCCUGAACCUCCUGUUCCUCUGCUACCCGUUUGGGAUGUACAUUCCAUUCCUACAACUCAACUGUGAUCUCUUCAGCCACAUGGCAUCUCUCGGACCCAGGGAGGCUGUGAGUGGCCUGGCCCGGAGCCGGGAUUACCUGCUGACCCUACGAGAGACCUGGAAGCAGCACACGAGGCCGCUGUAUGGCCUAGAGACCAUGCCCCCCCAUACCUGCUGCCUGUCACCUAGCCUUAUCCGCAGUGAAGUGGAGUUCCUCAAGAUGGACUUCAACUGGCGCAUGAAGGAAGUGCUGGUCAGCUCCAUGCUGAAUGCCUAUUAUGUGGCCUUUGUGCCCGUCUGGUUUGUCAAGAAUACACAUUACUACGACAAGCGCUGGUCCUGUGAACUCUUCCUGUUGGUGUCCAUCAGCACCUCAGUGACCCUCAUGCAGCACCUGCUUCCUGCGAGCUACUGCGACCUGUUACACAAGGCUGCUGCCCACCUGGGCUGCUGGCAGAAGGUGGACCCUGCCCUGUGCUCCAAUGUACUACAGCAUCCGUGGACCGAAGAAUGCAUGUGGCCACAGGGUGUGCUGGUGAAACACAGCAAGAACGUCUACAAAGCCGUGGGCCACUACAACGUGGCCAUCCCCUCUGACGUCUCCCACUUCCGAUUCCAUUUCUUUUUCAGCAAACCCCUGCGAAUCCUCAACAUCCUACUGCUGCUAGAGGGCACUGUCAUCGUCUACCAGCUGUACUCCUUAAUGUCCUCAGAAAAGUGGCACCAGACCAUUUCGCUAGCACUCAUUCUUUUCAGCAACUACUAUGCCUUCUUCAAGCUGCUUCGAGACCGCCUGGUAUUGGGCAAAGCCUACUCAUACUCAGCCAACCCCCAGAAGGACCUGGACCAUCGGUUCUCCUGAGCCCCAAGACAGCCUCAAAGACAGUAUCCAGGCAUUGGCCAGGCACCUUCUGGGAAGGGGCUAUUAGGGAGGGAUGUUAAGGGGAGGGGAAAAAACAAAAAACAAAGGAAAGGGAAAAAAAAAAAAACUCCACCAGAGCUUUGUAUUUUUGUUACAUACUGUUUCUUCCUUUGAUAAUUGAUGUGAUUAUUAGGGGGGAAAUGUCCUAUUUUUAUACUCCCAAUAAAUAUGUGUCCUGUA